AUGGCGGAGGAGCGCGUGCAGGCUCUAGAGCAGCAGAUGAUAGCGCUGGCCCAGGAGCUGCAGAACCGCCAGCAGAGGGAGAACGAUCUCACGGCCGAGGUGCAGCGGCUCGGCCGUGUGGCCGAGGCUAGACCACGGGUGGACGGGCCUGUGCCACAGCCUCGAGCCGAGUCGAUCGUGGACACCCGCACGCUGGGCAAGCCAGACGUGUUCACGGGCGAAGAGCACAAGUGGAACGAUUGGAAGGUGAUCUUCAAGGCGUACUGCGGCGUCGUGAGCGCCGACUUGCUGGCAGGGAUGCGACUGGCAGAGAGCGCUGACGAGGCCUCAGUUCAGAACGAUGACUUCCUCGAGGAGAACAUGAGGCAGGCCUCGCAGCAGCUGUAUUACAUCUUGCUCCUCCUCUGCCGGCAGCAUCCCCUGACGACGAUCGUGAAUGCUGGCGAGAAUGAGGGCUUCCAGGCUUGGCGCAAGCUGGUUGAAUACUACGAACCGAAUGCGAGGUCCCGCAUCGCGGGGCAGCUGCUGAAUCUCCUGAACUUCUCGUUCACUGGCGAUGUCGAGGACCGGCUGGCGCUGUUCGAGCGAGAGCUCCUCAGGUACGAGCAGAGGAGCGGCGAGGCCAUCGCAGCCUCCAUGAGGAUCGGCAUCCACCUCUUGCUCAAUGCGACCAGGCUGGUGGAGUGGCAGGACUUCCGACGUGAGGUCACCGACAUCCGCCGUGCCCAGAGCGCCAUCGCCCUGGUGCCCGUGCCCAUGGACCUGAGCGCCAUGGAGCAGACGCUGGCUCGCAUCAACGCCUCCCAGUCGACGAGUACGACCGUACCAUCGGCGGCCAGCUCUAUCUCGACGGCUGCGACUACGAGGCUGAGUCCGGCGACGGCGAUGUCCGGCACGAGCUCUCGACAGGUCGCAGCGCUCUACCUGAACGACGCGGGCGAGCAAGUCAGCUACCCGUUCGCGAACCUCCACUCCCUCAGCGUCUACGACCCGGGGCCGGACAAGGCGGACGUGGUCGACUCUGCGACCGGCGCGGCCCUGGACCUGAACAUGAUCCACGGCAACUCGGAUGCGGAGGAGGUCGAGCUCAACGGCAUCUUGCGUGUGGGCAUCGACUCGUGUGCGGCGGCAUCGGGCGGCCGGGCGAUCUCGUACAAGACCGCCUCUGGCCACUACGUGAACGACGAGGGCGAGAAGAUCCUCGUGGGGACGAUGCCUGGGGCUUCUCAGGCACGCGCUGCCAAGUUCAGGGUGGCGGACAUCAGCAAGCCGUUGCUGAGCGUCGCGGAGAUGGUCGACUCUGGCCAUCGGCUCGUCUUCGACUCGGAGGGCGGGCAGGACAUCAGCUACGCGUGCCACAAGACCAGCGGAGACGUUGUCAGGUUCUGCCGCAGGAAUAAGGUCUACGAGAUGGAUAUGCACGUCGACCCGUACGUGCCGGAGGUCUGCCCGGUCGAGGUGGCAGGCCACGAGCCUCCCGAGGGUGAAGCCGGCCAGCCAGGCGCGGCUCACGAGGAGGUCGCCGAGGGCCCGCCGGCACGGCCGGCGAGGGAGCCCGCAGCGCCGACGGCGGCCGAGCGAGCCGCGCACGAGGUGCUGCACGAGCCCUACAGGGCAUGGUGCCGGGAGUGCGUCUCCGGCAGAGGCCUGUCAGCAGGCCAUCAGACGAAGGACCACCAGGAGUCGGCGCUCGCGGUGGUUGGCAUCGACUACGGCUACCUCGGUGAACGAGAGGGCGCCACGCCGCUGCUGAUCGGGAAAGAUUCGAAGCAGCGUUGGUUCCACGCGUCGGUGGUGCCAGCUAAGGGGGCGCAGCAUCCCUGGCCGGCAAAGUCGUGGUCCAGGAGGCUGGCAUCGGCUGGCCACAAGCGCUUCGUCUUCCGCUCAGACGGCGAGGCGCCGCUCGUCGCCCUGAAGACCCGCAUCGGGGCCAAGCUCAAGGAGGAGUACGGCAUCGAGACGGUGCCCGAGGGGAGCGCGGUCGGCGACUCUCAGGGCAACGGCCUGGCCGAGCACGCGGCGCGCGAGGUCAAGGCCAAGGCGAGGACGGCGCGGGCGCAGGUGGACGACCUCCACGGCGUGAACAUUGGCGUCGAGCACCCAGUGACCCCGUGGAUGGUCGAGUUCGCAGCCAUGUCCAUCAACUUGGGCAGGCGGGGCGCUGACGGCCGCACGGCUUGGGAACUUCGGCACGGCCGCCCCUUCAACAAGGACCUGGCUUGCUUCUCGGAGAAGGUCCUGUAUCUCCCAGGGGGCAAGCGCAAGGCUGGGACCGAGGACAACUUCCUCGCUGGGCUCUACCUGGGGCCCGCGCUUCGGACGGACGAGGUCUACAUUGGCACGGAGUUGGGCGCACUGCGGGCCAGGACCUUCAAGCGGUUGACGGUCGAGCAGCGGGCCGACAAGGACCUGCUGAACAGCCUCUUGGGGAAGCCGUGGGCGCCGGUGCCGACGGACGUGGAGGUGGACGAGGUACCGGUGGCCAUCGAGAUCCGAGCGCCGGUGCCAGCGCCGGUCGCGCCCUUGGGCGGACCUCUGGCGCCCAUCCCCGAGGCCGGGGACCUCCCGCCCCGGGCUCUCCGAGUCGGGCGACCACCGGCAGGACCGCGGGCCGUCUACAUCAGGAAGGACGUCGAGAUCGCGAAGUACGGGCUCUCCCCGGGCUGCUACGGCUGCGCCGCGAUCCUCAACGGCGCCCGGGCGCGGGCUCACUCAGCCGAGUGCCGCGCUCGGAUCGAGCAGGCGAUGCAGGGCGACGAGGAGGCGAAGCAGAGGUUCGAGGAUGCCCGUGAGCGGAAGCGGCAUCGCACUGACGUCGCCGGGCCUGUCUAUCAAGAGGGCGGCUCGUCAGGCAGUGGCGGUCCAGCCCCAGCUCAGCAGGUGCCGCCAGCACCCGAGGCCGCGGCGGCGGCUGACGCGGCGACGGCUCCGGCACCACACGACCCCGGCGACGACAACAUGCAGGAGGAGAUCGGUGCCCUCCUGCUCUCUCUCGGCUACAGCGGGCGCAAGGCCAACGUGAUGGAGGUCUUCUGCCCGAAUAGGCUUGUGGGCUUUGCCCCCCUCUUCGGUCUGGUUCACGGCGGCUCGUUCGACCUGGGAGUUGGCUGGGACCUGACCGACCGCCAGCAGCAGCGACAGUGCCGGGAGCUGAUCGAGCACUUCGAAGUGUACUUCCUCUUGGGCAGUCCUCGCUGCGCGCCGUUCUCCAUGCUGAAGUACCUGAAUGAGGACACGGAGAAGCAGCGUGAGGCCUACGCCAUCGGGUACGAGCACUUGAGGUUCGUGAUGGAGCUUUAUACGCUGCAGGUGAAGCACGACCGCACGUUCUUGCACGAGCACCCCUGGAGCGCGGACAGCUGGGACCUGGACAUCGUGAAGGAUGUGAUGGCUCUCCCGGGUGUCGAGGUCGGGCGAGGCGACCAGUGCGUGUUCGGCCUGGUGGUUGCGGACGCGCACGGCGACAGGCUCGCCAAGAAGCCGACAGGGUGGAUGAGUAAUAACAAGGAGGUGUUGGAUGAGGUCUGCAAGCGCUGCCCCAAUGAUACUGGCAUUGGCAGCCGCCACGAGCAGUCCACCUUCGUCGGCCGCAACAUGCGUGUGGCGGAGAGGUACCCGGUCAAGCUCCUCCGCGCCAUCCUCCGUGGCCUUCGCCGUCACCUUAGCAACGAGAAGGUGCUCGCGCUUUCGGCCCUGGAUGCUGGGCCGAACGUGGACGAUGAGGAGAUCAGCCUGAAGGCUUUCGUCGGGAAGUGGCGCGACACGCUGAGGACCGAGUUCUACGACGACCUCACCGGCCUCCCGCUGGACCCCAUGCGGGUGAAGGCCGCGAGGCGCCUGGAGAUGGAUUUCAUGGCGCAGCUUGGCGUGUGGGUCUACGCGAGGGAGGAGGACUGUCAGCGCGAGCUUGGACGGAGGCCUCUCAGUGGCCGCGUGCUGCGCUUCCUGGGCAUCUCGCGGGCACGCCCGCACUGUGAGAUCAAGUGGACGGUCUACAUCAAGCUUCCAGAGGAGGAUCCGAUGUCGCAGGAGAUCGGCACGUGUGGGCUCUUGCGGAUGGAGCUCUACGGGACGCGCGACGCUGGCCAGAACUUCGAGCUCGCGACUGCCGAGGCGGUCAUCGGUGCUGGCUGCGACCAGUCGGCCUUCUCGCCUUGCGUGCACUGCCACAAGGACCUCCAGGUGAGCUUCUUCCACCACGGCGACGACUUCGUGCUCGAGGGCUCUCGGGACGGGGCGGAGUCGAUCUGCGAGGCCCUGAAGACGAAGUUCAUCGUGAAGGGCAGGGGCGUGCUCGGGCCGGCGCCUACCGACGCACAGGAGAUCACGCGCCUCAACAGGGUAAUGCGCUGGCGAGACCGAUGGUGCCAAGGGGGCGAGGCCAUCGAGUGCGAGGCGGAUCCCAGGCACGCGCAGAUCUUGCACGCGCAGCUUGGAAUGGACCCCCGCACCACGAAGUCAUUGAGCACGCCAGGGCCGAGCCAGCAGCUUACACCUGAGGUCGAGCGCGAGCUGAACGAAUACGAGGCGGCAGAGUACCGCAGUGCGUGCAUGAGGCUGGGCUACUUGGCGCUCGAUCGGCCAGAGGUGCAGUUCACGGCCAAGGAGUGCGCUCGCGGCAUGCAGAGGCCGACAGAGCGACACCUCCGCCUUCUGAAGCGCGCUGGACGCUUCUUGAUCGGGGCGCCGCGGGCCAUCUGGAAUCAGUCACUGUGCCAGGGCCUAGGCAGGGACGUGAGCCUUCGCAUCUGGAGCGGCUCGGCAGCUGCUCUUGGCAUCAUGCAACGACGAGGCUGCGGCAAAGUCCGACACCUCGAGACGCCGACGCUGUGGGUGCAGAAGACACACAAGGACGGACGGUUUCAAUUGGCCAAGGUUCCCGGGAAGUCGAACCCGGCGGACCUGGGGACGAAGUUCCUCGACCAGGCGGCGAUGCUCCGAGGGCUGGAGAUGAUGAGUGUCAAGCUCUCGGACGCGCCCCUUUCGAGUGCCCCUCAGGCGAAGGUCUGA